UAAGUUGAAGUCGCGCGCUUGAUGAAGAGGUUCAGUCUUCAGCGAAGACCCUUUCUCGUCGCUAUCACGUUAACGUUCGAGCUUGAGUACCAGAAGAAUACUAAAAAAUCUACAUAGUGCAUACCACCUGUCUCUAAAAUUUAAAAAUAUCUGUGAAGUGAUUUAAUAUUUUUUUUACUAACUAUUUUUAUAUUUAAAAAAAAAAAAAAAAGGAUAAUCAUCAGUGAAGUGUCAAUGGAACAUUUAUCAUAUGCGAAGCGGAAUUACAUACUAUUUGGAAUUUUAAUUAAAUUAAAAUAUAAUUAACCAGUGAUUUCUUGAUUCUGGAUUGAAUUUAUUUCUCAAUAAUGUCGGACACUAUAGCAAAAGUGCAGCUAAAUAAUGUCAUCAAUGGUCACAACGCAAAAAAUCACGUUGCAAAAGAACGAGACGUCGAGAGGGGAGAAACAGAGUCGAAGGGGGACGACAAUUCCCGCACAUCGACGAGGGCCUCAGUGGACGUGGGAGCGGCGACGUUACCUGGUGCCACAAGUGGAUCUUACGCGAGUUCAAGCACUCGGUGGCGCGCAGUCGCCAGCACGCUUCGACGUUUUGUAUUGGUGAUGAUGUUAUUCGGGGUCCUUGGGGCCCUCGUGGCCCUUGUUUGGAUCUACAUGGGACCAAUAUUUGUUCUUCAACUAGCUUUAGUUGUCAUUACCGCUUACUUUGUGUCUGGUGGACGUCUUCGAUGGUUUUACAUCGCUGCCAGAACUGCACCAAGAGAUCUCAAAGCUCUCACGCGAUUCAUUCGACUGAUGUGGUCGAUGAGAUGCUACGAACGAAAGAAUCAAAGUGUAGCUGAUGUUUUUAAACAACAUGUAAAUAAACAUCCAAAUAAAGUUUGUUUCAUUUAUGAAGAUCAAGAAUGGACCUUUCAGCAGGUUGAAGACUUUAGCAAUAAAAUUGCCAACGUAUUUAAAAAUCAUGGCUUUAGAAAAGGUGAUGCUAUUGCAAUACUAAUAGAAAACCGACCAGAAUAUAUUGCUAUCUGGCUGGGGCUCAGUAAACUUGGUGUAAAGUCCGCAUUAAUAAACACCAAUUUAAAAAAAAAUUCAUUACUUCACAGUAUUAAUAUUUCCCGAAGUCAAGCUCUCAUCUUUUCUGGAGAAUUAGAAGAAGCUGUCAAAGGAAUUGCAUCCUCUCUUGAUGCAAAAUUGGCUUUGUAUAAGUACGACACUAGUCCAGGAGCCACAUCAGCAGGCCUAAAAGAGAAAGACUUAGCAGCACUUGUUGCUGAUGCUUCACCAACGCUCUCAACUCUUCAAGAGAAAGGAAACUAUGGAGAUGAGCUAAUGUAUAUCUAUACGAGUGGAACAACUGGUUUACCAAAAGCUGCAGUCAUUACUAAUUAUAAAUUUAUGUUCAUUGCCAAUGGUAUUUAUUAUCUCGCACCUUUCCGAACAUCUGACAGAUUUUACACUCCUUUACCUCUAUAUCAUACGGCUGGAGGUGUCAUGUCCGCUGGACAAGUGUUACUUCACGGUGUAACUUGUGUAAUUAGGAAAAAAUUCUCAGCCAGUGCUUACUUUGAUGAUUGUAGAAAAUACAAUUGUACGGUUGCUCAGUAUAUAGGUGAAAUGUGCCGCUACAUUCUCGCCGUACCUCCAAAACCUAACGACAAGCAACAUAAUAUUCGAGUUAUUUUUGGAAAUGGUUUGAGACCACAAAUCUGGAGAGAAUUCGUCGAUCGUUUUAAAAUCAGUCAAGUAGCUGAAUUUUAUGGAGCUACUGAAGGCAAUGCUAAUAUAGUUAAUGUUGAUAAUACUGUUGGAGCUAUUGGUUUCGUUUCAAGAAUUAUUCCUGCAGUUUAUCCUAUCUCUAUAAUCAAAGUUGAUGCUGAUGGUGAACCUAUCAGAAAUGAAAAAGGCUUGUGUCAAGCUUGUAAACCAGAUGAGCCUGGAGUAUUUAUAGGAAAAAUCAUUCCAAAUAAUCCAGCAAGAGCUUUUCUAGGCUACGUUGAUGAAAAAGCAUCUGAGAAAAAAAUAGUUCGUAAUGUAUUUAAACUAGGAGACAGUGCUUUUCAUUCAGGUGAUAUUGUCGUCGCAGAUGAAUUUGGUUAUUUAUAUUUCAAAGAUAGAACGGGAGACACAUUUAGAUGGAAAGGAGAAAAUGUAUCUACAUCUGAAGUGGAAGCUAUUGUUAGUAAUCUCAUUAAUUACCGAGAUUGCAUUGUUUAUGGAGUAGAGGUCCAUGGUGCUGAAGGUAGAGCUGGUAUGGCUGCUAUCUAUGAUGAAAAUGGAACCUUAGAUAUCAACGAGCUUGGAAAAAAUAUUAAAGAAAAUGUUCCAACCUAUGCUAGACCUCUUUUCAUUCGUAUUUUAUCAAAAAUUGAUCUUACUGGAACGUUCAAAUUGAAGAAAAAAGAUCUUCAAGAAGAAGGAUACAAUCCGAAGAGAAUACGAGAUAAGCUCUAUUAUUUAGACUCAAAAUCUGGAUACCAAUUAUUAACUCCAGAAAUAUAUGAUCAAAUUGAACAAGGAAAACUGCGUUUCUAAAUUCUGAACAAUUGUGGAAGAAAGUUCAUUAAAUGAUUAAUUAAUUCCUUACGAAAGGAACUGAGAGAUCAAAAAUUAGUGAUUUCCUACGGAAAUAAAUUAAAGAAGACUAUAACAAAUAUUUGAAUUGUAAAUAGCUAAAUCUAAAUAAGCGAUGCAUGAUAAUAAUUAAUUAUAAUACGUCACUUUUAUGAUGAAUGCACUCUAGCUACUUGAUAAGAUAAUAUUUAGUACUCAAGGGACUUUCAAGCUAUUAAAGAUGUGUUGUAGACAAGGACUGCCAGCGCAUGGGUGAACUUUUUUAAGUUAAAAAAUAUUGAAAUAUAUUAUAUUAUGGUACAUUCCAUUUUUAAUUGCACAAAAAAAGUCUUUCAAUAUUUUUUUUAUACAAUAUUAUAAACUUCCAAGUCCAUUAAUAUGAUUUUCAUAUGUUAUUUAUUUAUAAAAAUCAACGGUCAUUCUAUACUUUUGAAAAAUUUCCAACGGUGUAUAUGGUUUUUCACUACAAUUUAGUAAUAAAAAAUUGUUAUCUGUUAUUUUUUUAGAAUAA